AUUCUGUUUUGCCAUAACAUAAAAAGAACAGUUUCCGGAGUUGGUCAGAUAGAUAACAAAAAUCAACAACACUAUCAGAGGUUAGUACAAACAACAACAACAAGAAGAAGAAAAAAGAAGUAAAAAUGGUGAAGGCAGAGAUAAGAAUGGUGUUGCUGUUAGUCUUCAUGGGGAUUAUCAUGAUUUUUGUUAUGAUGCCUACUCCUACUUUUAAGAAAGUUUGGUUUCCUAGUAUUAAAGCCAAAACUCAAUCUACAUAUUUUGGCUCAGCAGGAGCAAGACUUUUGAUAUACACAUUCCCAAUGUUAUUCAUAGCUGCAUUAGGUUGUGUAUAUCUUCAUUUAACAAAGAACAAUGAAGAUAAUUACAAGAAAAGUGAUAAAGAGAAUAAUCGAAUUUCGAUAUGGAAAACUCCGGUGCUUGUGAAAGGGCCAUUAGGGAUUGUAACAGGAACUGAAUUAGCAUUUUUCAUAAUGUUUAUUGCGCUAUUAGUCUGGUCAUUUGCAAGUUACUUGGUCAUGAGUUUCGAAACCAUCAACAAAAAAACAGCAGCAAAAUUUGGAUUGACAGUGUGGCAAGACAAACUAGAGAGUGCAGGUCUAAGGUUUGGAUUAGUAGGAAAUAUAGCUUUAUCAUUUUUGUUCUUUCCGGUGGCACGAGGAUCGUCGAUGUUGCCAUUGCUAGGAUUAACAUCAGAAGCAAGCAUCAAGUACCAUAUUUGGCUUGGUCACAUUGCCAUGGUUCUCUUCACGGCUCAUGGUCUUUGUUAUGCUAUCGUUUGGGCUAAUACAGGACAUCUUCAUGCGUUCAUAUCAUGGCGCAAAGCAGAUAUUUCAGUGGUUGCUGGAGAGGUAGCAUUGGUCUGUGGAUUAGCUAUGUGGGUGACAGCCAUUCCGAGAAUAAGGCGAAAAAUGUUCGAAGUCUUUUUCUACACUCACCACCUUUACAUUGGCUUCGUUGCUUUCUUUGUCUUCCAUGUUGGAUUCGCUUACACCUGCAUCAUGCUCCCGGGAUUUUACCUCUUCAUGGUAGAUCGAUACCUGCGAUUUUUACAGUCCAGACACCAAAUUCGUCUUCUUUCUUCAAGAGUUUUACCUUGUGAUACUGUUGAACUCAACUUCUUAAAGGAUCCAGCGCUGAUAUAUACUACUACCAGCAUCGUCUUUGUAAAUAUCCCGAGCAUCUCAAAAAUCCAAUGGCACCCUUUCAGUAUUACCUCAAACAGUAACUUAGAACCUGAGAAGCUCAGUCUAAUGAUUAAGAAGGAAGGAAGUUGGUCUCAAAAGCUUCACCAAAUCCUGUCAACGGCAUCUUCAGUGGAUCAUCUUGAUGUCUGCAUUGAAGGACCUUAUGGACCAGCUUCAACCCAUUUUAUGAGGCAUGACACACUUGUGAUGGUAUGUGGAGGAAGCGGGAUUACACCAUUCAUCUCUAUCAUUCGUGAAAUCAUCUUUCGCAGUACAACUUCCAACAGCAAAACUCCACAGAUCCUCCUCGUUUGUGCAUUCAAACACUCUACAGAUUUAACCAUGCUAGACCUCAUCCUUCCCAUCUCUGGAACAACAGAUAUUUCUCAUGUUCAGCUACAAAUUGAGGCUUAUGUUACAAGAGAGAAACAGCCUAAUGUGGAAAACAAAACUCAAGUUAGGUCAAUUUGGUUCAAACCCAAUGCAACAGACAUGCCCAUAACUGCAACUUUAGGCCCCAACAGCUGGCUCUGGCUUGGAGCAAUAAUCUCAUCGUCCUUCGUUAUUUUUCUUAUCCUCCUGGGUGUUCUGACUCGUUUUUAUAUAAACCCGAUCGACCAUAACACCAAUGACAUAUACCCUUGGGCUUAUAAAUCUCUUUUCUGCAUGUUCUUCAUUUGUGUCUCCAUUGUAAUCACAUCUACUGCUGUAGUGCUCUGGAAUAAAAACCAAAAUGGGAAGGGAUUGAAGCAGAUUCAGAACACAGAUACAAAUACGCCAAUGAACUCACCUGGUUCAUUGUUCCACAAUGGGGAUACAGAAUUAGAGAGUUUACCUAGUCAGUCCCUUGUUCAAGCAACCAACAUACACUUUGGAGCAAGGCCAGAUCUUAAGAAGAUUCUAUUCGGCUGUGAAUGGUCAAGUGUUGGUGUUUUAGUCUGUGGACCAAAGAAGAUGCGGCAUGAGGUUGCCACCAUAUGCACAGCCGGUUUAGCAGACAAUCUACAUUUUGAGUCGAUCAGCUUCAGUUGGUGAUGUAUUUAUAUAUAAAGGAUAACAAAAUAGAAACAAACAAAUGAUUGCACCUCUAUGUAUUGAUAUGUGGGACUAUAGGUAUGGUCCGAAAGAGGGCAGUAAAAAGUUUAGGAUAAAAGUGUGAUGUGUGAUGUGUGCUUGAGAUGUGGAUGGUGUAAAUAAACUUGGGAGAGCAAUCCUCCUUGAUGGGAUAAAUAGUUUAUGGCUUUCAUAUGAUUUUUU